AUGCUGCUGUCCUCCUCCCUAUUUCGCAAGUCCAGUGCGACCGGUAGCCAUAUCAGGUCAUACAGGCAUGUCGAGAUUCGACUUGAUCAGCCAUAUGUGGUCUUUGAAGGUACACCCCUCGAGGGAGCGCAACCGGUUGCUCUUAAGGGGUGCAUAUAUCUGGACCAACGCAGAUCCAUGGACAUAAAGCGCAUCAGGGUCAAGUUGGUCGGGACGCUUGAGUUGUAUUGGGAGAUGGGUUGGGAUCCUGGCGUGAUAACCAGGAGGAAUGACACAAUCUAUGAGAAAGAAAUCAUCCUGCUCCCAAGGGGCGAAGUGGGUGAGAACAGCUCGCACACAAUCGGCUCUGGAUUAAAAGAGUUUGCAUUUCAGUUCGAUUUACCGCCGGAUACUCACGAUACAGUCAAUGGGUUGAAGAGGGACGGUUGGAGACAUCGCAUCAUGGUGAACUGGAUGAUCUAUGCGACCAUCGAGCGACCAUUUGGCAGUAUUGAUUUGCCACUGGCCAGAAAAAUCCGCAUCAUGCGCAUCGAGGGACCGAAUCCGGACAUCUUCGAUCACGAACAAAUCCACCAGUCGGUCUGGAACGAUAAGCUGAGUUACAAAAUCUCAGUGCCACGAGUAAACUAUGUUUUCGGCACUUCGAUCACAGCCCAUUUCGAACUCACGCCCCUCAAGAAAGGAGUUGUAAUCAAGGAUGUCAAGAUGGAGCUGCGGGAGAACACAGUGAACACCUACAACGACACCGCGCGGAAUCCAGCAGGACGGACACAUUACAAAGACUGGUUUACGAUCAUCAAGCAUCAGACAUAUCCAGUGCCGGAAAUUUCCGCACAAAGACAGGCGCCCGACUCGACCGAGCUCCAGGACGAGGCAUACAUCUUCGAUACCAAGAUGGACCUGCCCCGGAGCUUCAAGGACUGCAGACAAAUGUGCGACACCGCGAACAUCAAGAUCUACCACACCUUGAGGAUUUACGUCAACAUAUUGAAUGGAGACCAACAUGUGAGCCAGUUGAAGAUUCGUGCCAUCAUCAACCUCUUUCUUUCCCCCCAGCUCCAAAUCAACGAAGACACCCUGGCUGUCAAACUGCCCACAGCCGAAGUGUCACGACAGACGCUCAACGAGCCCGUUCGGCAAGAAGCACCGCCAAUAUACAACCUCCACCAUCUCGACCAAUUAUACGAUGAUGGUUCCGACCACGGUGCCAGGACAGCCGGGAACACGGGCGCCAACACACCGGUUUUUUAUACGCAAAGUCGGAGAGCCAGCGAGGAGGACUUG